GGGCCCGGGGUGCGGGGCACGGGCCCGAGCGCGCUCUGCGCGGCCCGAGCGAGGUGCAGGAGCCCCCGGAGCCGGGCGCCCGCACCCCGCGCCGCCAGACAUGGUGCGGCACCUGCCUCUGCAGGGCGUGGGCAGCCUGAAGGAGCAGCGUCGCGACGGCCAGCUGGACAGCCCCGACUCUGGGCUGCCCCCCAGCCCUCCCUUCUACGCCCGGGCUCCCGGCACCCUCGACAGUGCUCCGGCGGAGGGCCCCGGCGCGGCCUCAGAGGCCCCCGGCCCCGGAGAGGCCAGAGCGCCCCCUCCCCGCUUCCAAGACGCCCUGGCCCCCCAGAUGAGGCCACGGAUGCUGCCGGUGGUGUUCGGGGAGAGCAUCGAGGUGGACCCGGAACCCACACAUGAGAUCCGCUGCAACUCUGAGGUCAAGUAUGCGUCUGAGAGGCACUUCCGGGAUAAGGUGUUCUAUGCGCCGGUGCCCACGGUCACGGCCUACAGCGAGACCAUCGUGGCGGCGCCCAACUGCACGUGGCGCAGCUUCCGCAGCCAGCUGACCCUGGAGCCGCGGCCGCGCGCGCUGCUUUUCCGCAGCACGACCAUCAUCUUCCCCAAGCGCAUGCGCAGCUCCUUCCGUACCACCCUGCACUGCAGCCUGGGCCGGCCGCGCCGCUCGUUCACGGCCAGCGUGCAGCUGCGGUUGUGCGGGGCGCCCGCGGCGCUCUGACCUGGCCGCCCCGCGAGGCUGUCCGGGGCAGCCACCUGUCCGCGUGGGGGGCCCAGCUGAUGCCCCGCUUUCUUGGCCCUGCAGUGGCGCUGCCUGCGGGCGAGGAGAGGUCUGCGAUCUGGGGCGUCCCCAGGACAGCGUGCACGCCCUGUGGGGAUGGCUCCGAGCCUGUGGGAGGCGAGAGGGUGACACUCAGGCCGCCCCUGGGUCUGGAGGGCUGGCUGGCCCGAGCGCCUGGAGGACCUUGAGCCUGGACAUCAGGGCGCAGCUGCUGGAAAGGGCGCUGCUGUGGCAGUGUCCGAUGGCCCCAGACCAGUGCAGCUGGACAGAGGGCGCCCCGGGCCAGCACUAAGGUCGCCUUCAGGACUGGGCCUCUUGGACCCUGAAGCCUUUCUGUUGGGGCCAAUGGGAGGCACAGAAGGUCUUGGAGACGCUGUUGACCUCUUCAGGCCAAUCUAUACAGGGGGUGCCGAGCUCAGCCCUGGCCUCAAGAGAAACAGGGCCACCACCCUCCUCCGGCCACCAGCUCCCGCCUGGCACAGGCCAGUGCCAUCCCAUGGGAGGAGGAAGGGCCGGACAGACUCAGCUCCAGUGGGUGGCUCAGAGUCCCACAGCCUGGUGCUGCCCCUUCCCAGACCUGGGGGCUCCAAUGGCCGGGCUGCCCCCUUCCCCUGGCAGCCCCAGGAGGGGAGAGGCGGCCACUGGGCUCAAGCCCCUCCGUGGGGUGCAGGCCCCUGGGGUAGUGACCUCAGGAGAGACUGUCAGCUGCACAGGCAGCGCAUCUGGAGAUGCGUUGUGAGCAACAGGUAAUUUAAGAAGUCAGCGAUUAUCUUAAUAAAAUGCACAACCCACA